AUAAAAAAUUCCUACCUUAACGCCCUCCACUUCCACGUCCAGCACCGCGACCCCGGUUCCACUCCCGCAGAGCCUGAAGAAGAGGCGACACAGGACGAGGCUCGGGGUUGAGGAAGCGACCACGACCCACAGGACGAGGCUCGGGGUUGAGAAACCAACCACGUCCCACGAAACGAGGAGCCGGAUCCCAGCGGAACUCAAGCCCGCGACCUCGAUUAAAAUGGGGCGGCAGAGCGUCCACAGCCACUUCCGGCACAAAAGCAACGGCACGGUCAAUCACUAGAUCUGGAAGACCUAGUAGAUCGAUCUCGCGAACAAACGCGGGCGCCGAGAGUUGAUCCCGAAAGGAGCGAGCAAAAUGGUCGUGCUCCUCCGGAUCUUGCCCCGCGCGACGCCCGUUAUCACGCACUGAACUCUGCCCCGCAGCGAAACGAAACUCACUCGAAUUCGGAGCCAUGAAACCAACAAUCGACAACACAAAGCGAUAAUAAAACAGCGCGAGAGAAAAUAAAAAAGAAACGCUCAAUACAAGACGACGUCGGAAGACGGACUGAAUGGAAGAGCGAAUAAAAAGCCUGAAAAGGGCUAGAUAAAAGCAAAAAUAGCUGUAUAUGCAUCCAGAGAAAAAGAGAAUGCACCGCAAAUGAUUCUAAGAAAAUAUUAUAAUAUAAUACAAAGCUUUCUAUUACAGGAGUCUUAUUGCACGGAGCACCUGUAAGGAAACCGAACCUGAUACCCAAGUCGAAAUAAAAGAAUUUAAAUAUGAACCGGGUAUCUACUUCGAAAAAAUGGGCAAGAUAAACCAAAUCGAGUCCACAUGGAAGAUGGUGAUAAAAAUAGACAUCGCCGCAAUGGACCAUCGACAUGAACAAUUGAGAAACUAUAUGGCACAAACGAGAGCUCUAUGCUACGAUAAACCAUUGCAAAUAAAAAUGAAAGAAACCUGCCACAACCUGCUACAAAUAGCAGAAAAGGACAGAGAACAAGCAGAAAAAUUGCUAAAACGUCUAAAAUUUGCGUACCAAGCACCCAAGAAGACAAGACGAGGGCUAAUCGACGGUCUAGGAACGAUAGCCAAAACACUCUUCGGUACAAUGGACGCAGACGACGAAAAAAUUAUAAAGGAGCAAUUAAAUCUCAUGCAAAGAAAUCAGCAAACGUUGCAGCACGCGAUGAAAAAUCAGAUUAAAAUAUUAAACGCAACAAUUGCGCAUGUUGAUAAUGUUGAAAAAGUUCUGCAAGAAAAUGAAGAACAAUUCUUAAAUAUAACAGAGAAGAUGCGACAAGCCUGGAUACAAACAGAAGUCGGAUACGGACAACGAGAAGAUCUCGACGAACACUUCAUAAUAUUAAACGCCACAAUAAAAGAUCUAACAAACGAUCUUAUGGACAUUAUCGCGCACCUGACUAACGCGAAAAAAGGGAUAAUCGACAUAAGAUUAUUACCUAUAGAAAGCAUCCUAGAUAACCUCAAGGAAACAGCGUCACAAAUACUGCAGGGAACGCACUUCCCAUUUCAAAUAUCCGCAGAAAAUUGGAGAACAAUCAAAAAGUUCUUAACAAUCAGCGCGUAUUACAAUAAUACAAAUAUAUUCACUAUUAUAAAGAUUCCGCUAAUCAUAUACCCCGAGUAUGAUAUAAUAAAGGCAACCCCACUACCUACGCACAAAUUUAAUAACACGUUUAUUUUUAUAGAAGUAAAUCAACCGAUAAUAGCGAUAGACAUAGAUAGCCGAACGUAUUUUACGCCUACCGAAAAUGAUCUAAAUAAAUGCGUGCGAAGUAAUGAUCAAUAUGUUUGCGAACAGAAUUAUCCCGUACAUUACUUAGACAAAGGAGCGCUAUGCGAAGUAUAA